AUGUCAGAGAUAAGAGGAACGCAUGCUUCCCGGCAGUACGAUGUCCAAGGGGGUACGCGGAGCACUGUCUCCCAUCCUCACCAUGUCCAUGGCCUUCGGGGCCUUCGUCAUGAGAGCUCGAGGACGGACCUACCCAUGAUUGUUCUUUACCAACAUUACCAUCUCCGAGAGUCACUCCCAGCUAUAAUUUCAGAGCUAGAGGACAUGGACCAACUUAUAGGGAAUGUCUCUUACCGUGGGUAUCACAACUACCGAAUGGUUGUUCUAUCCAUAUUGAAUGCCUUGCCUAGAGUGUUCGAAGUCUUCCACAAACCUUUUACUUGGAACCUUCUCCUCUCGCGAUCAUUAUAUUUCUCCUUUUGCAUCAUACCUGUUUUGAUUUCUGGGCAGUACUCUAUUCUCUUGCACAUUAUCAGUCGGCAACUUCAGACUCUCUCGGAGAAACUUAAUAAAGCCGCAUUCUGCCUCGAAGUCAUGAGUUUGAUAGAUGUUCACCACAAUCUCGUUUUGUUAGCGAACCGAAUCAAUAGAGCUUUCGACAUAUUUCUCUUCCAUCUGAUCACCUUCAUCUUCGUAAUCAACACCCUCAAACUAUAUUUUAUGAUAGUAUAUAUCGUGAAACCCGAUUCCUACAUCGACAUCGCUUUGACGAUAACCUCGGUUUUGGACUUCGUCGUCAACUACGGAUCCUUGAUUACAGUAAUUUUCGCAGCAAUGGACGCAACUAAGACAGCAGGAAUCUUUAAUGCCCAACUUCUGAAAAAUCUUCUGAUCAGUAAAACUAUCGCCAAGGAUAUGGCAGCAGGCACCACGACGUAUGUGAUACUUCUCGUACAGUUCACCCUACUGUAAUUCUUAAUAUAACGUAUACAAUUCGGAUUUAGAUUAAGUAUGUAGAUAAAUUUCAUUCUGGCAGAAUAUUGAUCAAUAGAUAGACUAAGCAUCUGUGCAAAAAUAAAACAUUAAUUGAUAUGAAAUUGGUAUCCAUUAAAAUUGAAUCAUUAAUGAUAGAAAUGUAAUAUAAAAUUAUGUAAGUGAUGAAAAAGUAGUCUCCUUUUACUAGUAAAGAUACACA